AAAUUUAGGUACCAAAAGAAAGUUAGCUAAACCAAAAUAAUGAUACAUACCUGGUUUAAACGACAAAAGGAGAAGAAAGAAUUAUUAAAAUGUAAUUAGUAUGAAUUUUAGCUUAAUUGUUUUCAUAAAUAUUUAAACAAUUUUUACUUUCUGAAGCAAAAGAAAAAUAAAUUAACAAAAAAGGAAAAAAAAUUUCUCGAUGGCGAUCCUUUACGCGGUGGUGGCUCGAGGCACGGUGGUUCUAGCGGAGUUUAGCGCCGUGACGGGGAACGCUGGGGCGGUGGCACGGAGGGUGCUGGAGAAACUUCCGGCGGAGGCUGAUUCGAGAUUAUGCUUCUCGCAAGAUCGUUAUAUCUUUCAUAUCCUUAGAUCCGAUGGCCUUUGUUUCCUCUGUAUGGCUAACGAUAACUUCGGAAGGAGAAUUCCAUUUUCGUACUUGGAGGAUAUUCACAUGAGGUUCAUGAAAAACUAUGGCAAAGUGGCUCAUUAUGCACCUGCAUAUGCAAUGAAUGAUGAAUUCUCGCGGGUGCUACAUCAACAAAUGGAGUUUUUCUCUAAUAAUCCUAGUGCAGAUACUCUCAAUCGUGUUAGAGGUGAAGUGGGUGAGAUUCGUACAAUUAUGGUGGAAAACAUUGAGAAAAUACUUGAAAGAGGCGACAGGAUUGAACUUCUUGUUGACAAAACUGCAACGAUGAAAGAUGGUGCAUUCCAUUUCAAGAAACAAUCUAAACGCCUUCGUCAAGCUCUUUGGAUGAAAAAUGCCAAACUCUUGGCACUGUUGACAUGCUUGAUUGUUCUGUUACUGUACAUAAUAAUAGCUGCUUGCUGCGGAGGCAUCACUCUACCUUCUUGCAGAUCUUGAGUGGCAGUCUUACUGGUCUAAAUUUCUGCUGAGGUACACAUUUAUCUUCAACAUUUUUGUGCAAGUUUGUACCUUUGGAGGCUCCUUGGCUUCCCAAUGGAGGUUUCUAGGUAUUUUUGGCAACAUAGUCUCUAUACCCGCUCAAUUGUGUCUACUAUUUAUUUUUGGGGUUUGAUAAAAACUGCCUGUUGUAACAAUCAUAAUAUUUUGUUCUUCACACAAUCAACUGUUCAAUGAUUUUAGUUCUGGUGUCUUUAUAUUUUCCUUUUUCCUUUCACCUCUCUCAAUCUCUCUCUCUCUCUAUCGAUCCAUGACCAUGUUACUUAGUUCUUGGUUUAUUUAAGACCUCUCCUUUACUUACUUGCAGAAUGUUGUUUUGUAGUAGAAAUGCAAUUAGGUUGUAAAUGGAAUCGAAUUUUAUGAUGUUCUUUUUGUAUUAUGUUGCUGCUGAGGUUUUAAGAAAGUUAUGAAGUGGGAACUUCUAACCGUAAA